GCCUGGUGCUGGCCACCAGGAGGCACCGUGACCGAGCGUCAGCCGCGCCCGCCCAGGACACAGCCCCGCAGAUCCGGCUUUGAAACCGGACCCAUGGCGACUCCUGCAGCUGCCUUCCAGGAGCUCAUGAAUGGAGUGACAAGCUGGGAUGUCCCCCAAACGCCCGUGCCCUGCGAACUGCUGCUGAUCGGCGAGGCCGCCUUCCCCGUGAUGGUGAACGGCCAGGGCCAAGUCCUCAUCGCCGCCUCUUCCUACGGUCGGGGCCGCCUGGUGGUGGUGGCCCAUGAGGGCUACCUGGUGGCCUCCGGCUUGGCUCCAUUCCUGGUAAAUGCGGUGCACUGGCUGUGCCUCAGCCCCGGGGCUCCUGUCGGGGUGCACCCAUCCCUGGCACCCCUGGUCAGCAUCCUUCAGGAGGCUGGGGUCCAGGCCCAGGCCGAGGCAGAACCAGGAGAGGCCGGGGGAGUUUACUGCACCAACGCCUACAGCAGCACCAUGGCUGAGACGCUGCUCCGGUUUGUGAAGCGUGGAGCGGGCUUGCUCAUCGGGGGCCAGGCCUGGUACUGGGCCACCCAGCACAGCCAUGACAAGGUCCUGUCCGAAUUCCCUGGGAAUCUAGUGACAAGUGUGGCCGGGGUGUACUUCACCGACACGUAUGGGGACAAAGGCCGGUUCAAGGUCUCGAAGAAGGUGCCCAAGAUCCCUCUCCACAGCAGGUGCAGUGAGGACUUCAGUGGUGACCAGCAAGCACUCCUGGAAGGGCUGUUGGAGCUGGACAUCCGGACCGGAGGAGUCCCCUCCCAGCUGCUGGUGCACGGAGCGCUGGCCUUCCCCGUGGGACUGGACCCCAACCUCGGCUGCUUCCUGGCGGCUGCCCACUAUGGCCGAGGCCGGGUGGUGCUGGCCGCCCACGAGGGCUUGCUCUGCGCUCCCAAAAUGGGGCCCUUCCUGCUCAACGCCAUGCGCUGGCUGUCCAGGGACCAGUCGGGCAAGGUGGGGGUGAACACAGAUCUGAAGAACCUGUGUCCCCUGCUGUCCGCGGGGGGCCUGGCCUGCAGCCUGGAGUCCCGGCUGUCCGGGGAAAUGAGUGUCUAUUGCUGUAAAGCCUAUGGGGGCCAGGAGCCCCGAGAACUUCAGGAGUUUGUGGCCGAGGGUGGGGGGCUGCUGAUUGGGGGUCAGAGCUGGUGGUGGGCCUCCCAGCACCCAGGCCGCUCUGCUCUGGCCAGUUUCCCUGGGAACCUCAUCCUCAACACCAUGGGUCUCAGCAUCAUGCCGCAGACCCUCCCACAGGGCUGUUUCCCAACACCCACCCCCAAGACGAGGGGCUACCACUUCCGCAGGGCACUGUCCGCCUUCCAGGAGGCCUCCAGCAUGGACAAGAGCUGGCUGGCCCGGCUGGACCUGGAUGUUAAGGCUUUUCUGCAGAUCCCCGCUGGGGGUACCCCGGCCUACGCCUCCCUGCACCGCCUGCUCCGGAAGAUGCUAUGCCAGGCCAGCCUCCCAGCCGUGAGCAAAAGCAACCCCGUGGCCAGGGACUCCCGAGAGGCCUCCUUGCUCUGCCUGGCCACGGUGCUGGCCCACUCGGGCACAGACUGCUCCCAGCUGACCCAGGGGCUGGGCAAUGGCACUUGCCAGUGUCCGGUGGAGUACCCCAUCACCGUGGAAAUCAACGGGACCAACCCAGGCAGCGGGGAGUCCUGGCUGAGCACAGGGCUGUACCUCCCAGAAGGACACAGCGUGGAGGUCUCUCUCUCAGAAGCAGCCACGUCUGCCGGCCUGAGGGUGCAGGUGGGCUGCCAUACAGAUGACCUGAGCCAUGCCACGAAGCUGUGCCGUGCGCCCGUGGUGACCCAGCACUGCUGUGUGGACCAGCCCCAGAUCACCAUCCCCUGCCUCUGGGGAGGCCUGCUCUAUGUCAUUGUGCCCAGGGGCAGCUCUCUGGGGCCUGUGCCUAUCAACUUCAGAGGGGUUGUGCCAGCCCCUCGCUACAGGCGGGGUCACACUUCGAAGGAGGAGUGGAGGAGGUGCCUUCAGGGGAGCCCUGCACCCUGGGGGGAGCUGGCAACGGACAACAUCAUCCUAACAGUGCCCACCACAAGCCUGUGCUCCCUGGAGGACCCUGAGCCCCUGCUACGCCUCUGGGAUGACAUGCUGGCCGCAGUGGCUACGCUGGGCGCCCAGCCCUUCCCCUUCUGCCGGCCAGAGAGGAUCGUGGCCGAUGUGCAGAUCUCCGCAGGCUGGAUGCACUCGGGGUACCCCAUUAUGUGCCACCUGGAGUCGGUGCAGGAGCUCACCAGCGAGACGUUCAUCCGGACCAAGGGGCUGUGGGGCCCCGUGCACGAGCUGGGCCAUAACCAGCAGCGGCCAGGCUGGGAGUUUCCCCCGCACACCACGGAGGCCACCUGCAACCUGUGGUCAGUCUACGUGCAUGAGAGCGUGCUGGGCAUCCCCAGGGCCCACGCCCACCCUGCGCUGAAGCCGUCGGAGCGAAAGAAGAGGAUCGAGGCUCACCUGCGCAUGGGCGCCCCUCUCAGCAACUGGAAUGUGUGGACGGCCCUGGAGACCUACCUGCAGCUGCAGGAGGCCUUUGGGUGGGAGCCCUUCAUCCGGCUCUUUGCUGACUACCAGACCUUCUCCGCCCUGCCCACGGACAACGUGAGCAAGAUGAACCUGUGGGUGAAGAAGUUCUCUGAGCAAGUACAGAAGAACCUGGUGCCCUUCUUCCGGGCUUGGGGCUGGCCGGUGCAGAAGGAAGUGGCUGAGAGCUUGGCCGGCCUGCCUGAGUGGCAGGAGAAUCCCAUGGGAGCAGACCUCCUUUCUCAGGAGUGAAGGACAUACGUCCCCCAGUGCCGUGAGCCAUGCCUUCCUUCCCAGCCUGCCUUAGGGAAGAUCGGAAAGGUCACAGAGCAACUGGGUCCACCCUUUCUCUGAAGAGUGCCUCCCACCGUCUGCAUCGAGGACUGUUCCUGCCCGUGAGCCCCUCUGGUCACUGGAAGCUCAGCUCCAAGACAAAGACUCCAGAGACCGCUGUCGCAACAGUGACCGUGAUGUGGGGAUUUUCUUCCCAGGGACUCUUACUUCAAACCCCGGUGUGAAAGGUCAGGGGCUCCGACUGGAAGCGCGUUUCCUCAUUCCUUUAAGCCGCUGUUCCUGGCCAGCCUCCGUGAUUUCUUGCCUCAAGGAGCUUUCUCAGAGCAUGGU